AGGCAGAGUCUUAUUUCCUCCGCAUACACUGCAUGUUUAUUCUUUUGCUACGUAGCAAUGAAAAAAGUCGCGUUUAGAAAUAUUUGCGCUAUUAUAUUUAUUUAUUUAGCACUAGCUGAUGGGCAGGGACAACCGAACCCUCGACAGUUUUCAGCGUUUCAAGCAAUAAUUCCAGAUGUUUCCUACUGGUCCUACGGCAAUAACGACCAUGGACAACUGUUUUGGCAAAGGUUGUUUCCAAACUCCUGUGCGGGUAGAUUCCAAUCCCCAGUUGACAUUGCGACCAGUCGGACAAUAUAUAACACGGAUUUGAAAGAAUUCGCCAUAUUCUACGACCCACCUUUACUUGGAUCUAAGUUUGAAGUUCAUAACAAUGGUCAUACAGUUGAAGUUAAUACCGUGGGAGACUUCUACGUUACUAAUGGUGGAUUACAAAAUUUGUACAAGACAGCUCAGUUUCAUUUUCAUUGGGGGAGCAACAAUGGUCGAGGGUCAGAACAUACAGUUGAUGGUGAACGUGCCCCUAUUGAGAUGCACAUUGUAAACUGGAACAGGGACAAAUACAAUAGUCCCGAUGAAGCAGGAACACAUCCAGAUGGUCUUGCAGUAUUUUCUAUUUUGUUUAGAAUAGCUAAAGAAGACAAUCCGGCUUUGGAACCAAUAAUUAGAGUUCUACCAAAAGUGAGAGAUCCUGAUGAUCACGUUUUAGUUACAAUUCCGGCUGUUUCAAUAAAAGAGUUCCUACCCAACUCACCUGACAGGUACUUCCGUUACAGCGGAUCUCUGACCACACCUAACUGCUCUGAAACUGUUAUUUGGACAGUGUUUGAACAAAAACAAUACAUUUCAGAAAGACAGUUGCACUAUUUCCGCCAAAUGCUUGCAUCCUCUCUUCAUCUUGAAACCAGGGAACAUAGGCAGUCUAUUCAAGGUCAACUUCAACAAAGUCAAGGAAGAGAAUGGAGAACAUUACUGACAGAUAAUUACCGGCCUGUUCAUGAUCUGCAUGGCCGGACAGUAUAUAGGAGUUUUAGAAGCCUUGCACCCCAGUCAGAUGAAAACUGCAAUGUUAAUAUUGCGCUUGAUGUUAAACUGCAUGUAUAGGAACAGAAAGAGAAAAGUAUGUUCGUUUAAGUAAACUGCGACUAGAUAUUAAAUACAUUAAAUUAUAGAUUAUUAAAGCAUGUGAAAAUGGAUUUUUGAUGCCCUUAAAUUGUUAUGAAUAGACUGACCCUGUUAAUUUUCCUUCCGAAAGUAUAACAUGUAUACAUAUUGUACAGCAUAAACAUAAUAAAUAAUGUAAAAUGAAAUAAUCCUUGUUACCGCCAAAAAACAGUAACCCUUGAACCGGAUAUGCUUAUCCGCAUCUACAACCUGUGCUUUUUUUGCAUACCGUAUUAUACGAUUAAUAAGAUAAAGAAAGCAAACCGAAAUAGAUCUAAUUUCUUUGAAAUGAAUGUCAAUAAACAGAAAUGACAUCAUGACUUUGCAAAGACGCACAACAAGAGUUACGGUUUAGUUUUA